CCCUUUCCUGAGCAUCUCUAAGCACAGCGGGUUGCCUGGCCUGGAGUCUCCGGCUCCCAGUGGGAGUUUGCAGUUGGACACCCUCGCUCCCCGCCGCCACCCCCCUCCUCGCCAGGCCUCAGCUGCCGGCCAGUCCCCUCCCUCCCCCCACUCCUGUCCCCUGCUGCCGCUCCAGCCUCGGCAGGCAGCCUCUCUUCCUUCUGGCAAAGCGUCCAGCCCCUGCCUGCUCCUCCCCGGUCCAGGGCGCCUCUGGCAGGCGCUCCCCUCGCUCCCGCCCUCCCUCUCUCCUUCCCUCCCUCCGGUGGCCGCAGCCUCCUCCCCUCUCCAGCUUGCGUCCCCUUUCACCCCGUCCCUGCCUUGGAGUCUGCAAACAUGAGGGUCUUGGCCUGCCUUAUCGCAGCUCUGAUGGGGAUCCAGGCUGUUGAGAGGCUGCGUCUGGCCGACGGCCCCCACGGCUGUGCCGGCCGCCUGGAGGUGUGGCACGGCGGGCGCUGGGGGACCGUGUGCGACGACGGCUGGGACCUGCGGGACGCCGCCGUGGCCUGCCGCGAGCUGGGCUGCGGGGGCGCGCUGGCCGCCCCCGGAGGCGCCUUCUUUGGGGAGGGCGCGGGGCCCGUGUGGCUGAGCGAGCUGGCCUGCCGGGGCAGUGAGGGCCAGCUGGGGCUCUGCCCCCAUCGCGGCUGGAAGGCCCACAUUUGCUCCCAUGAGGAGGACGCGGGCGUAGUCUGCGCAGGUGAGGGGUCAGCGUGUGCCAACUCCAGGGACGGGGACGAUCCACCUUCGAUCCUGGAGGGGGACCCCUGGCCGGGGCUGUCUGGGGAGCUGAGCCCUGGCUCGGAGGAGCCUCCAGGGACACACGCACCCCGCCCGGCUGGGACCCCACAGAACAGCUCCAGGAAGAAGGGUCCCCGGCCACCCAAGCAGGCCAAAUCCACCAGGGCCCCUCAGCUGACAGCCGGAGCCCCCCGACACGAGCGGCUGCGCCUUGUCUCGGGCCCCCACGGGUGCUCCGGUCGGCUGGAGGUGUGGCACGGCGGGCGCUGGGGAACCGUGUGCGACGACGGCUGGGACCUGCGCGACGCCGCCGUGGCCUGCCGCGAGCUGGGCUGCGGGGGCGCGCUGGCCGCCCCCGGAGGCGCCAGAUUCGGCCCGGGGUCAGGGCCCGUGUGGAUGGAUGACGUGGGGUGUGGAGGCGGAGAGCAGGCUCUGCGGGACUGUCCCCGAAGCCCCUGGGGUCGGAGCAACUGUGACCACAGCGAGGAUGCGGGGCUGGUCUGCACGGGCCCAGCCCCCCGGCUGCGUCUGGCCGACGGCCCCCACGGCUGUGCCGGCCGCCUGGAGGUGUGGCACGGCGGGCGCUGGGGGACCGUGUGCGACGACGCCUGGGACCUGCGGGACGCCUCCGUGGCCUGCCGAGAGCUAGGCUGUGGCGGCGCGCUGGCUGCCCCCGGAGGCGCCUUCUUUGGGGAGGGGGCUGGCCCCAUCCUCCUGGAUGACCUUCGGUGUCGGGGUAACGAGACAGCCUUGCGAUUGUGUCCAGCACGGCCCUGGGGCCAGCACGACUGUCACCACCGGGAGGACGCCGGGGCCGUGUGUGACGGGAUGCCUCUUGGAUAUGUCCCUCCCACGGCCCCGGUGGCGGCCGCGGACGGCAACCACUCUGCGUCCCGCGACGCGGCGUCAGGGCCCCCGCCCCCCACGGCGAGCCAAGCCUCGCGGACCGACCGCGGGCGCCUCCCCUCCGCCUGCCUCCCCCUCCCCCACUGCCCCACGGGAGCCUGGACGCCUGAAGCUGAGACCCUCUCAUCAGGGGUGGAGGAGAAAACAGAGCCCCACACCCAGAAGGGUCUGUGCUUGCUUGAAUACUCUGCUGUCACCAUCCUGAAUGUUGCUGUCACCAUCCUGAAUGAACCGAGACUGUGCCCGACCCUAUCCCUGUGCCUAAGGCGGACGGUGGCCCAGCGGAGGACUAAUAUGCGGCUGGAUGGAAGGCAGGUGGAGGGACACAGAGAGCUGGACGGCUUCCUGACUCCCAUCCUUUGGGUCUCUUCCAUCCUAGGCUCCCCCCAACUGCGUCUGGUGGCAGGGCCCAGCAGGUGUUCGGGCCGGCUGGAGGUGUGGCACGCAGGGCGUUGGGGGACGGUGUGUGACGACAGCUGGGACCUCCGGGACGCUGCGGUGGUCUGCCGCGAGCUGGGCUGUGGCGGAGCUCGGCAGCCGGACCCUGCCGCUGGCCGCUUUGGCUGGGGGGCCGGCCCCAUCUGGCUGGACGACGUGGGGUGCUUGGGGACUGAGGCUUCGCUCUCUGACUGCCCCGCUGCGCCCUGGGGGAAGCACAACUGUGCUCACAAUGAAGAUGUUGGAGUCACCUGCACUGAGACCCCUGGCCUGGACUCUAUCUCAGACCCCUUCAGUUGGAGCUGGAUCCCUGGCCUGGGUAGAGAUCCAGACGCCUGGCUUCCCGGGGAGCUGGCCACCAAGCCCUCUGCAAGGUUGACCCCCAGCGUUCCUGAGAAAACCACCACCAAGGCCCCAGGGAAAAUGCCCAAGAGUACUAAGAAGUGGGUGACCAAAAAUGCAAAGCGACCGACCACUCAGCCCCCCGUGAUGCCAACCACUAAACAUUCCAGGGUCCUGAGCACCCAGAGGCCCCUUGAACUGACCUCACGGACCACCACAACCCUGACCACUGAGGCCUCCCACAGACCAGUUUCAGAGUCUACUGCAAAGCUGACCACUGGGGUCCCCCACGGGAUGACCUCACAUACCACUGCAACACGGACUCCCCGGGCCCCCCGAGAACGGACCUCUAAGGCCGUGGCAACGUCAACCACUCAAGGCCCCCGAGAGGUGACCUCUGAGGCCACCGCAACGCGAAUCCCUCUGACCCCCAAGGAGUCAUCAGCUGAGAUCCCAGCACAGGGUUCUCCAGAGUCACCCAAAGACCCAGCCCCCUCCCCCACUGGGAGCACCACUCGGGGAUCAGGCCCGUUCCGCGUGCGUCUGGCUGAUGGGCCCAACCGGUGUGCUGGCCGGCUGGAAGUGUGGCAUGCUGGGCGCUGGGGGACAGUGUGCGAUGACAGCUGGGACCUGCGGGACAGUACCGUGGCCUGCUGGGAGCUGGGCUGUGGAAGGGUCCGGCCCCGAGUGGGCAAAACCCACUACGGCCCCGGGACGGGCCCCAUCUGGCUGGAUGACAUGGGCUGCAAGGGAAUCGAGGCCUCGCUGAGUGACUGCCCUGCUGGGGCAUGGGGCCAGCACAACUGUGACCACGAGGAAGACGUGGGGCUCACCUGCACUGGCUACGCCGAUGAGGAUGAUUAUCCCCCCUGGACCUGGGAUCCCACCUCGGGAGAGGACCUGGCCAAGGGGACCACCGCCGCAGGGGUGCCUGGACACACGCUCUCCUGGGGCACCACCAAAAGCCCAGCGGGACCCUCCCCAGCAACCAGGCGUCUUCCACACACAGGUGACAAGGAUGGUUAUGAGUCUUUUCGGACAUGGGAUACACCUUCAGGAGGGGCUCUGCCCAAGGGGACACCCACCACUCUUACCACUGGCACCACCCGAGACCCAGACCAUCCCUCUCCAGCUCCAAGGAUCCGUGGAGACACAGGUUCCGAGAGAAAACUGUGGCCCCAGCGGAGGCUGCUGCGCCCCACAUCGUCCCGGACGGUGCCACCUGACCCUUCCCCAGAUCCCUCCGCUUCGUCAGAGCCCCCGGGCUCACCGGUGACCUCCGUGACCUCCAACCCUGCGCCAUGGUUCAUUCCUGAGGCAGCUUCAACGCGGAAGGUGACCUCUGACCCUCCUGACACUUUGCCACCCAGCCCGGACCUGGCCUCCUGGAUGAGCUCUGACCUCACCUUGACAACCCCUGGCCUCACUUUGUCUACCCCUGACGCCACUGUGAUUGCAGCAUCGCCGUCUGAUCUCUCACCUACCCCACCACCCGCCUUGCCCAAAGAGCUGACCUCUGACCCCUCUGCACCAGAAGUGGUGACCCACCUUUUUUCUACCUCAGAGUUGACUACAGAAUCUGUCACAAUCCCAAACUUGGACACAGCUCCAUACCCCAACUCAGUUCCAGAUCAUUCCAGAUCCCCAGACCCCUCCACAAGCCUCUACCCCACUACCACCCCUCACUCUGCCUUGACCUCUCACCCCUCUACCUCCACUACCUCUCAACCCACUACCACCCUUCCCCCAACUACAACACCUCACUCCACCGCCACGCCUCACUCCACCACAACCCCUCGCUCCACCACAACCCCUCGCUCCACCACAACCCCUCACCCCACCACCACCCCUCAACCUGUUACACCCCCUCAACCCACCACACCCCCUCAACCCACCACACCCCCCCAACCCACCACACCCCCUCAACCCACCACACCCCUUUACCUUACCACAACCCCUCACCCCACCACAACCCUUCACCCUACCACAACCCCAUACCCCACCACGACCCCUCAGUCCACCACACCCCCUCAUUCUACCACUGCUCAACCCACUACAACCCCCCACCCUAUCACAACCAGUUACCCUGCCACGACCCCUGACUCCACCAUGACCCCUCAUUCUACCACCUCUACUCAUCCCACCAUGACUGCUGACCCUACCUCAACCCCUGUGGUUACUGUCAAAUCCAUUCUAACUUCCUUGGGAACAGAAUUCUCUCCCACUCCAGCGCCAGCAGUCAAGCCUAGCCUGCACCCCUGGUUGACCUCCAUGGGAGCCGCUCAUCUCUCUCAGAUGUCCAGCCUAGCGCCUUUUUCAGCCUCAGAGUCCAUCCACCCCAGGUCUUCUCCAGGCCCAAGCAUGGACACACUGUCCACUGAGGAUUUCCAACCACCAAGAAGCCAGAGCCCCAAACCAACUCCACCACCCACCCAGACCCCACACUCAGCCUCUGACCCCACAGGGACCUCUGACCUCCAUCUGUCUUCCAUGGUCCACCCCUUGGAUCAACCUCCUCCUGACCAUUUCACCCUAAGGCCAACCCCUGGGCAGGACCCAGACCCCGUUGGCCCAUGUGUGACUCCAGCACCACCGGUAAAGGUCAUGGCCUGUGAGCCGCCUGCCCUGGUAGAGCUAGUGGCUGCUGUGAGGGAUGUGAGUGGCCAGCUGCAGAGGCUGACCCAGGUCCUGAAGCAGGACCAGCAGCAGCGCCAAGCUCUGGAACUGGGGCUGACUCAGCUGGUGGAGGCCACCAGGGGUCUGGGGCAGCUGGGUGAGGUUGUAAAGAGACUGGCCGAGAGAGCCUGGCCGCCCAGCACACCUGCACCAACCACCACCACCCCAGAGGAGGAAGAAAGGCCUCUGAGGGGAGAUGUGUGACCCUAUAUGGGAUUUGAGGGGCUUAAGAUGCUCCCAAUCAAAAAAUGAAAACCAAAGUAUCUAAUUAAAAACAAGAUAUCAAUGACA